AUGUCUGCACCUACGAUUCGCUCCGUAGCGGAGCUGACAAAACUCUAUAUCAAUGGCAAUUACGUAGAGGCGAAAUCCGGACAAACCUAUACCAUAUACAAUCCUAGUGAUGAGUCAGUGGUAUCUGACAAGAUUCCGGUCGCAGGCAAGGAAGACGUCGAUGCAGCUGUCGUCGCAGCAGAAAAAGCAUUUCAUGGGCCGUGGAGCAAGUUCACUGGUGCUGAGAGAUCUGCGUGCCUGCGUAAACUGGCUGAAAUUCUUGAUGAGAAUGAUCGCCUGGUCGAUAUCCUAACUCUUGACUCACUUAGUACCGGAAACCCGGUGUCAAUUAUCCCAACCCGGGAAAAAAAUUAUAUCAUGAGCCAACUGUUAUAUUACGCUGGAUGGACGGACAAGCUGCGUGGUGAUUAUCUCCCUGAUGAUGAUGGUUUUGUGAAACUCGUACGACAUGAGCCUCUUGGUGUCUGCGCUGGAAUAAACCCAUUCAAUGCGCCAGUGGCAACCUUAAUCAUGAAAACAGCCCCUUGUCUAGCAACAGGAAACACUAUUAUCAUGAAACCAUCAGAAUAUAGUCCCCUCGGCUCUUUAGCAAUUGCACCUCUCUUUGAAGCAGCUGGCUUUCCCAAAGGUGUUUUUCAAGUUGUCACCGGUGCUGGGGAUACAGGUGCAUUGCUUGCGGGGCACAUGAGAAUCAGAAAGAUAAGCUUCACCGGAAGCGUUGCUACAGGAAGAAAAAUCCAAAUUGCUGCCACGCAAAGCAAUUUGAAACGGGUGACCCUUGAACUAGGUGGAAAAAGCCCGGCAGUGGUGUUCGAAGAUGCUAAUUUAGAUAAUGCGCUCACCUGGACAAUAAACGCAAUCCUCGCGCGUUCCGGACAGGUUUGUGUUGCGGCAUCUCGGAUCUACGUGGAGAGGUCAAUUGCCGACAAGUUCAUCGAGGGUUACAAGGAGCGCAUGAAAGCCGCGGUAAAUAAUAUGGGCAAUCCUCUUAAUAAGGCGAACUCCAUGGGGCCAUUGGUAAACAAGACGGCAUUUGAAAGAGUCACCAAGAUGAUUGAGAGAGGAAAAGCCGAGGCGGAACUUGUUGUUGGAGGAGUGCGUCACGGUGAUCAAGGAUGCUACAUUGAGCCCACAGUUUUUUUGAACCCCCAGAAAGAUGCUCAAAUAUAUAAAGAUGAGGUAUUCGGUCCAGUUUCAGUGAUUAAAACUUUCGAAACCGAGGAAGAAGUUUUGGAAAUGGCCAAUGAUACUGAAUUUGGCUUAAUGUCUGGUGUUUUUACCAAAGACAUCAAUCGAGCAUUGAGGUUUUCUUCUAGACUGGAAUCGGGCGUGGUUGGUGUCAAUUGCGUGAGCAUUAUGAACGUCCAGGUUCCUUUCGGAGGGAAGAAGGCAUCCGGGUUGGGCAGAGAAUUUGGUGAAUAUGCAAGUCUUCAUUUUCUAGCUUUGCGAAGUUUCACAGAGCCCAAAACUGUUCUUAUCAAGUAG